AAGAGGAGCCAGCCAAAAGGCAAGCCAUCCGAACAGCACAAUGUGUCCUUGACCAUUCCUGAGACAAAGAAAAAUAAAAGACAAUUAAAAAAAAACAGGCUGGGAGUCGCUCAAGAAUGGCUUCAAGAAGAUCCUCGACCCUGUCGGCACGGUCCCCCAAACAAAGAAAAUACUCGACCGACCGCCACCAGCGGGGAGCCGAGCUCUCGAUCCGCAUUGAAGAAGGCCGCCCCCUGCGCCCGCCGCUGGUCAGGGAGGAAGACAUCUCGACGUCGUUCGUGCAGGACUUCUUCUCCAAGCCACCCCGGUCGAGGAACGUCGCGGCCUCGUUGACCCAAGCCGACACCUUGCCGUGCCCGCUGGACAUCCACCCCGGCCAGCGCGUCAGGGGCUUCUCGGACGCCGCCUUUGACGAGGACAAACACCACCACGACCUCGUCGCCGAGUCAAUCGAGUUCAAGAACCCGUUCCCCGAGCCGAACCCGCAGCAGCAACUCGAGAUCGAGCAGCGCGCCGCCGUCUUCCGACGCGUCAACACCGACAUCAACGCCGAAGAGGCGCAGAUUCGCAUCACGCGCUCGGCCUCCGAUGCCGUGGGCCUCGGCGGCGCCAGUCGUCCCAUCGAUCGCGUCAGGAGAUGGUUGGGCAUCAAGCCGGCCAUCAAGCCCGGGGCCGUCAGCGGCGUCAAGUAUGCAGCCGGCCUGGCGACGACGCAUGCGACGGCCAUCCUCUCCCAGAAACCGGCUCCGCUGUUCAAGCGGAGGGCUUUAUAUGUUUUGGAAUACGACGUCGACGACCAGGGCGUCUUGCUCUGCGCACCCCCAAAGCUGUGCGAAAACGUGUCCGGUCUACGAAAGCACUUGGAAGAGGACGAGCAGCCCGACUCCCUCCUCCGGCUGAUCUAUGUCUGCAACAACGAAGAAGCGAUCAACUAUCUGAGCAACGCGUUUGGCAUCAGCGGCUCCAGCGCCGAGACAGGCGAACGCAGCUUUCGGGACUGGAUGCAAGACGACCGCGACACGCGGCGGGCAUCCCACAAGGCCAUUCGAUGGCGGCCGGCGUUCGAUAUCGCUAGAGGCGUCAUCUGCACGGCAUUCGGGCUGGAUUUCGGGUCCUUGGUGGUGCCUCGACCAGAGACUCCUUCUCUUCAUCAUCACCAUCACCACCACCACCACCAUCAUCUGCGGCAGCAGCAGCACUCUCAGCUGUUUCAGCCCACCAAACCCUCCCUCUACCGCCAGCGCAUAUCCGUCUACAUGCAGCGGGCCUCGUCGCAAGCCCUGCCUGGCCCGCGAGUGACGCGCUUCAACUCCGGCUCGCGCCACCUGCACGACAUGGCCAAGCGCGACACGAUCAUCAUCUGCGAAUACUCGUCCGGCGAGGCCGGCGAGAUCGUCAGCGCCAACGUCCUGCUCGGCCUGAACCCGGGCACUUUCCCCCCCCCUGGCUCGAGCGAGAAGGAGGAAGAGACCACCACGACUUCGGACCGCCGACGACGGAGCGCAUCGACGCCGACCCUGCAGGCCGUGCUCUCGCACGUCUUCGACGGCCUGUACCAGCUCUGGCGCGACCAGAUCGCGCUGAUCCACGAACCCCACGCCGCGCUCGAGGACCACAUCUACGCGCACCCGUCCGACUCGUCGCGCGCCCGCGACGUCUGGGGCAUGUCGCAGCGGCUGCACAACAUGCUGAAGCUGGUGAACCGGCACUCCAAGGUCGUCGAGGCCGUGCAGGACGACUUUGCCGUCUUCGCCGAGAUGGAGAAGUACCAGGACGGCGGGGGCGCGGAGAGGAGCGACGGGUUCGGUGACCGCGAUCGCAGCAGCGGCGGUGGUGGCAGUCGCAGUACCUGGCUGACGCCGCUGCUGGACGACUUUGAGGUUCUGGCCGAGAAUAUUGGGACGGAUUAUCUCGAGCCGCUGGAACAUAUGAUUGACCUGAUGUACAAAUCCGUCACGAUCCGGGACUCGAAGCAGUCGCUCGAGCUCAACGCCAGCCUGUGGCGGCUGAGCUGGAUCACCUUCAUCUUCCUGCCGCUGACCUUCCUGGUCGGCGCGUUCGGCAUGAACGUCGACGCCCUGAGCCAGAACCCCAGCCUGAAGUGGUACUUUGUCGCCGCGGUGCCUUUGAUGCUCGCCGUCUUCUUCCUCUGGUUCGCCAUGCGCCGAUUCGCGCCCGGCCGCAAUAGGUCCGGCCUCAUCGACGCGGCCGUCCUGGGUGCUGGGCUGGGCAUUCGCUCGCUGUAGCCGAUGUCGCGGAAACUGGGCUGGGGAGGACGGUCUACUGUCUACGGUCUGAGGGUUUUAGCGUGUUGCCAGGCCAUGGAUGGGUCUACGGGCUGCACGCAUGAUGAUUGAUGUCCUUUCUGGCUGACUGAAUGACUGACUGUCUGUCUGUCUGGCCGGUCCUUCUCGGUGUCAUGUGUCGCUUGUUGUCUUAUUUCUCAUUGCGCCCUGAGCGGCCCCCUGGCUGGAGGCGACGCAGAGCUAUUUGCAUCUCCUUGAUAUUCGCAUGGCCACAUACAUAUGGGGUUAGAGAGGGCAGGAAAACGUGUCAAAGCCAGGAUGAUGUAAUGAGCAAUGCAUUUCAC